AAAAUUCCAUCUCCGCAACCCAUUAAACCUGAGCAGCAAAAGUUCCCAAUUGUUAUAAAAUUAAGCACAAGAUUUUAUGAAAAACACUGUAGGACUCGUACUAGCUGUAAUAGUAAUUGGAGAGAUGAGACUGGAAUCAACGACAGUAUAAAACUGGUGCCAUUGCAGAAACUGCAAAAUUCAUUUUGUUGUUACAGUUCAUUGAGCACGGAAGAGAACCCGGAAAAUCCCAUAUUGGAAAAUGAAGAAAUUUGUCUGGAGGACGAGAAUGAUGGAAAUAAUGGAGGAGGAGGAGGAGGAGAAAGGGACUGGACGACGUCGUUGUUGCUCCUUGGACUUUAUGUUGGACUUGUGUACUAUGUUGUCUUCUUUCUAGCACCAAACCAAACCCCGUCGACAGAUGUGUAUUUCUUGAAAAAGCUUGUUAAUAUAAUAGGAGAUGAUGGCUUCCAAAUGAAUGAAGUGCUAGUGGCUUUGUGGUAUAUCUUGGGGUUGUAUCCGUUUGUGUACAGUAUGUUGCUGCUUCCGACUGGCCGAUGUGAAAAUAGGAGUGUCCCUGUCUGGCCCUUCCUCAUUCUUUCAGGCUUUGCAGGUGCAUAUGGUCUGAUUCUGUAUUUUAUUUUUUGGAGACCACCACCACCACCUAUUGAAGCAACUGAGCUUAGAAGAUGGCCUCUGAAUUUUCUGGAAUCAAAAAUAACUGCCGCAGUAAGGAGAGUUCUGUGAGAAAUUUAUGUCAUGUAAUAGAUGUUUGCAGAAAAUUAGUUUUAAUAUGAAUUCUUUUCAGGAUCGAUGAUGUGAAAGAAAGUUAUCAUGCAUGGGUUAUGCCAAA